CAAGUUCAACAUUAGAAAGCAUAAAGCGAAUCUUGUUGGUCUUCUUGAUGCAGCUUCUAAAAAUAUUUCAAAGAAAUGAUCGUCUCCAAACACCACACACCCGCUGACGUGCGGCGCAUUUUGUUCCAGGAAACGCCGGAAUUGCGCACGCAACCACGGGAAUUUUUCAACAUCACCGGGAAAGCUUUUCUCCGCAUUCGGGAGGAAAAGGACAUCGGUUUCGUCUUCGGCCAGACCAUCGAAGACUCCUUGCCGCACCACGAAACAGUAUGAGCUGCAAAAGUAUCGUACUAGUAGUAAUUGCAGUACAAAUUAGCUCAGCAUCACAAAUGGAAUUUGUCAUGCUGUUUUACCUUGGGAUGGAGAUUUGUAAUGCAUGAUCGGGAUUACUUUUGCACAGGAUAAACAGAAGACAUCGACGACAUCAAGUACCGCCUACUCCUCCUCUCUUCCCGGUCCCGACGCCAAGCACUCCGGUCGCAGCUAGAGGGCUCCGGGCUGGCCGAAGCGUUUGAAAAGGCGAGCUUGAUUGCGGGGGGAUCUGGGAUCAUGCCGUUGUUUUCCUCGCCGCCAGUGGCCGGGACGAAGAACAUUGAACAGGAACAUCUUCAAGACUUGAACACAGAAGAUGAUGACACCCCAAGAAAAGACGAUGCUGCGCAAGGGCGACAGCAGGCCGAAGAUGAAGUGGACUCGGUACAAGAUAGCGGCGCGACACAAGUUGACAAAAUGAUAAAUUCCGCUGCGGUGAAGAAAAAGAGCCGGCUGUCUCUGAUGAAGCGCGGUCGGGCAAGUGGCAUCGGAGUGAGCGGUUUGGAGCAGUACUACAACAGCAGUAGUUCAUCACCUGGCGUACUUUUGGUCGGCAACAGCCCAGCCUCGAGCUCCACGUCGCCCGUGAUGAACAAGAAAAUGAUGGUGAAAACAAGCGCGCGAAGCUCGGUUUCUAGUGCAGGCGCGACGUCAACCCGGAGGCCGCUAGCAGGAUCUACUUCAGACGCCGGGCACUACCAGGGCACGAAGUUUUUGUACUUUCCGGAAAAGCGGCGCGCGUCUGGAACUACAACUGGUCCUCGCGCAUCGAGGAAGAGCGGGACGACCACGACUCCAGUAGCUGCCACAAAGAACACGAGAAACUCCGCACGGUCUUCCCAAGUGACCGGAAUGAAUCGUCCGAACGGCCGCGGCGCUCCGAAGGCGAAAGCUCAGCGGCCACUGACACUCGCGGAGAAGCAGCGGCAGCUGGCUCGGGAGGAGGCAGUGAGGGUGAAAAUGAUGGGCACCAUGCUUGGCGGGCUGCGGGGCGCGGAACUUCUAGGGAACGCUGACAAUCCUGCUCUACGGUAUGAUGUUGACCAAGACAACGAAGUGAGUGACAGGACCGGCCCUCCGGGGUCAACAUCUCCUCCAGGAAACAACAACAACAAAAACACCACUCAGCGCCAGCGCCGCACUAUUACCCGCGAGGAAAAGGAGGAGCAACUACGGCAGAGCAACCUGGUCAAAAAUACGAACAAGUUCUCCGACGGGCUCGCAGGCACGAGUUUGGAGUUCAAUACGAGUUAUAAUCGCGAAGUAGAUGUUGGAGCCGCUGCUGCAAGGUCGAGGAGUCAGGCUUUCACGACGUCGUCAAAAGGACCAGCAAACCAGCUGAAGUCUCAAUUGGCGAAGCACAUUCACGUUGCGUCUCUACCAGAUUUUAAAGUGUACUUCUGCCACGAGUGCGUGAUGAAACACGACGACGCGAAGUUGCGAAACGUGCUGGAGAGGGCGUUUCAUCAAGGAAAGGUAGAUGUUUUUUUUUAGGUAGAAAUUCUGUGAUGCUGUAAAUCUUUGAGAGGUGCUUUUUCUUUUUGUCAUGCCCAUGAGUGCAAUCGCGCUUGAGAUUGUCAGGAAUAUAAAGCAAGUCAUCAAAAAAUCAGAUUGAUUUGCAAACCGAUGCCGCGUGCAACCAGGACUGCAUUCAGUGCCGCAAGCUUCUGAACACGAAAGCGGUCGUCGACUCCGUCUUUCCAUCGGAGUUGAAGGACUGCCUCACGUCGGCAGACGCUUUCAACGAGUGGAUCCGGCAAAACCGGAACAAAGCCAGCUCCUCCCACACGGGGAACCUGCUCGGCCCCGAUGUCUACACCGCCUCGGCGUUUUUGCAGCACCACAGGAAGUCCGCGCGGUUGGGGGACAAACUUCUCGGCGGGUGGCGACACCGGGAGGACACGUUGCAACUGACCACCGCGACGGGGAACGAUGGGCAGCCGGUGUCCGUCGUGAUGAGCACGCACGACCGAGAGUUCAGCACCGGGCACGGAAACAACCCGAACAACACCGCCGGCGCGAUGCACGCCACCGGGGCAGCCCGGUCCAACGUGACCACCCGGUAUCACCCGCAUUUGUCGGUGCAGCGGUCGGCGGCGGAAGCCUACGACAUGGCCAAAGCAGUGUUGGCGAACGACGAGCCGUACUUUGGCGAAGGUGAGAACGAAAGGGGGGUGUUUGAUCAGCAGCAAGGGCAAGGGGCGGUCGUACUAGGGGCAAGAACUGCAGCUGCCGGAGGUGAUGCAUCUGGACCUACACAUCAACAAGCAGAGCGCGUGUACCUCUUGAACCUGAACCCGCAGACCUGGGUUUCCCGCGCACCGGACUUUUUGGUAGAAAUACUCGCCAAGGACAAGAAGCUCGGGCAGGGAAAAUACCUCCCGAACGUGACCCACUUGAAAACGGCGGGCAGGACGCCGGAGGAGGUGCACAUGUGCAACUUCCGGGUCGCGGAGAAGACGGUGAACGAGGUGGAACUUCUGUGCUCUGUAUGAGAGUGACUCCCCCUCCCCCGGAUUUGUCAUGCAAAACCCCAAAUGCAAGAGCUUACCUUUGGCACUGUUUGCAUGACAGAUUCCGGAAGCCCAAACAGUACUACACUAGGCGCAUGAAUUUGUCAUGCACAAGCUCCGCGUGUGCUGGUGUUUGUAUUGCUGUCCAUGCAAUACAAAUGAGGGGGAGGGGGGGUUGUGCACUCUCAUACUCUGCGCAGAUGUUCGACAGAGCGUCCACCCUGCUUACCGAUGGACUCACGUACGAAAAACAGGGACUACUGCGGAAAGAGGCGACCUAUCCUGUGCAAAAGUAUCGUACUCGUAGUAAUUGCAAACAUGCAUUAAUACAAAUCUCCAUCCCAAGGUAAAACAGCAUGACAAAUUCCAUUUGUCAUGCUGAGGCGAUUUGUAAUGCAAUUACUACGUAGUAUGUUUGUUACUUUUGCAAUGCAUACGACCUGCAUCCGGUUGAUUUUUCUCCGAAUCACUCUGGCGGAACCCCAUGCCGCGACCAUCGAGCCGCCGUUUACCGUCAGGGUCAGUAUGCGGCCGGCGUUCGGGGGCGAGGUUGUGCCGGUGUACGCGUCUGGACCAAUUGCGGUCACGCACUCGAAGUUGAUGACCAAUCGGUUGUUAGGGCACGAGGGCCACGCGGCCGUCGCGGUGGACAUCUUCAUCCCGAAGGUGGAGGACGUGCCGUCGGCCCCGGAGGCAGAUCCGUUCUUGGCCAGAGCCGCGACGCUGCGAUCGAAAAUGCUCUUUGAGAACGACACGAGGGCGAAGCCAGGUAUGAUAGGGCAUCGAUUUAGUUUGGUUUUUUACCGUGACCACAACGACAUUUUUGAAUUUACGCUGGUGCAUUGCCGAGGUACGUGCCAACUGGUAUAAUUCCUCAUUCAUCCAAACCACAGGCAGCAAGUCCUUGUCGAUGGGCCGUGUGUUCGAGUACGGCGGCGACUUGAAAGAAUUCCCCUGCCUCCGCGACCUGGAAGCCUGGUUUCACUUGAUCCAGUGGCACAAAAUUCGGGCGGCGACGGAGGCGAACGCCAUGCCGUACUUGUUCCCCAUUCACCUCCCAACCUUCCGUUCCGACGAGGAUUUUGUCGUCUCUAUUCUGAGUAAAAACGUCCCCACCCCAGAGUUCUCAUGCAAAUCUGCAUGCCAAAAAAGUUUCUCAUGCGGAACCCCAUGAGAACCAUUUUUAGUCGUGUUUGGGAAUUUGUGAUGCUAGAAUCAGCAUGAUAUGCUAGAUCUGUUAUGCUUUUGAACAAGCUAAACUAACAGGAUUACACUACGAAGACAAACUUGUCAUGCGAAACAACCAAAGCUGGUGGAUUUGUAUAGCAGAUUUCGCAACAUCUUGACUGUGGUGUGGGGACGUUUUUCCUCAGGAUAGUCCCUCCGGAAGUCGUGUCCCUCCUCCGCGACGAUGUCGCCUGGCAGGAGGCGUACAGCCGGUGCGUGGAGAUGGUGGUAGGCGCCUGGGGCUACGACCUCCUACAGAACCGGACCACCUGGCGCGUGGACCAUAGUUCUAAUCGCGCGAAUGUAGACGAUAAAGUGCUGAACAGUCGGGAGCUCCGCGGGUUCCAUCCGGGGGGCUCUGGGAGACACCAGUACAGUCCGGACAGUUGGAAACUGAGGCACUUGCUGUUGUCUCUGCGCACGUUCAAAAUCGGGAAGUUAUACGAGAUCGUCAGCGAAAUCGGGCAGGAUCUACUGCGAGACGGGGUUCUGUUGAAUCUGAAAGACCAGGGCCUGGAGGAAGCCUUGCAUGCGAACAAGAAGGACAUCCACGUCGCGCGGGUGUGGUUGGAAAGUAAGUUGUGGGAGGACUACCACAAGAAAUGGAUACCGUCGUUAGAAGAGUUGUUGUUCGUGCCGCUGGGGAAAUAGUGUCUUGUAAGAUUUGAAUGAGAACAAUUUCAACAAUAUUGUGAAAGCGAGGACACGACCUACCGCAUAAGAUUCCACGACGGCAGGCAGCUGCAAAAGAAAAGCUAUGAAAUUUUUCCAAGAAUCUGAAUCAGAACGCUUUCAAAGAGCAUAAGGACGCCGUCGCUUGAC